CCCAUUCGGCUGACAGCGCUGUCAACGUAGCGGUACAUACACACACGAACUAAAAUUUUGUGGGCAUGUUUACAACUUUACGCUACCUGUUAUUAAAAUUUGACUGUUAAGUGUAUGUGACGUGUAUGAUGAACUUUCAGUUGGUACAAUAAUAAUUCUCUAAACAUGGAUAUAAAGUUUAAUUUGCGCUAAUUUAUUUUUUUUUUGAGGAAAAUUUAGUUGCAGUGAAUGGAUUUUGACAAAACGCGGGAAAUAUUAUCAGGAUAAUGAAUAUUUGUUACAAAUGUAAAAAGCCUGUCUAUUUUGCGGAGCGGAAGACUUCGUUAGGAAGAGACUGGCACCCUAACUGUUUAAGAUGUGAACAGUGUAAUAAAAUUCUUGCUCCAGGACAGCAUGCAGAGCACAAAGGAAUUCCAUUUUGUCACAAGCCCUGUUAUGGCGCUCUUUUUGGACCACAAAUGUUCGGAUAUGGCUCAAAUGUCACCUCGCCCGCAAACUUUAGAAAGUCUGGAGAACUUUCAAAUGGGUCUCAGGACACUAGUUUUGAUGGCGAACCAGGUGAGGGACUGAAAUGCAUUUUCAAAACAUCAAACACUAGUCCUGGACCAAUGAAAUUGCAGCGUAAUAGUAUAAGUGAUACGCCAUCCCCACAAAAACUGUAUAACAAAAGAAAUAGUGCAGGAAGUAUAGAGUCCUAUUCCAGUAGCAGUGGAUAUUCUAGUAACGAGAGCACUAAAAGUAGUUCAGAACUGAAACCAGUCAGUGAAAAUAAUAAUGACUCAGGAUUAAAAUGUGUAUACCAGUCUAGUGAUAGCAAGACAUCCAAGGAAUCAUCACUGGGACGAAGCCUGAGUGAUGCAGGAAAUUUUGUACAGAUGAAGCCACGUCCAACAAAAGUUAGGGGUGCUGAGCUAUUUAAACGUGUGCAAUCUUACAAUGAGCAUCAUCAAAACAAACGGGGCCAAGCUUUAAACAUAACAGAGGAUGAAGGCAAUGUACGGGUAUCAGGUCCAUUAAGGAUCUACUGGGGAUUGAAAAAGCCAAUCAUAUUACAGCAUUGUGAUGAAGUACCUGCAAUAACUAUACCAAAGAAACGCUUCAGUGUAAUUGGGGAUAAAACUGACCUGCAGCCCCUCACAGAGGUCAGCCAUGAAUCAACAAAUGGAAGUCCAACUUCACCUCGUAAAAGUCGGUUUAGUGCUGGGUUAGAUGAUAGUGUGAUUUCCUCGCCCUCGUCUGAGGUAGUAAUGAGACGGACAAAUAUCAAGAAGUCAAACACGGUAGCAUAUCGAGGUGACCGACCUAACAAGUGGAAAAGGGCAUCAAUUAAUGGCCAUAUAUAUAAUUAUGAUACAAGUGUAUUUACACCAGUACUGGGAAGUUGUACCAGUGUUACUGUAGAUAAUAAAAUGACAGUGAGUCAGGUCAUCAAAACUUUACUGGAAAAAUUUAAGGUUGAAAAUCAGCCAGAGGAAUAUCAUUUGUUUAUAAUAACUGAACAAGAAGGUGAGAAAUUGUUGAAAGAUACAGACAUUCCAUUAUUAGAGAGACUUGUUUUUAGUCCAACAGACUCUAUUAAAAUAUAUAUACGUGAUCGAUCAGAUAACACCCCUGCUGUAAACCCCGCCCACAUUCCAGGUGACUCCUCCCCUACCACAGAAGCACCUUUAGAGGACACGCCUCUACCUGAGGAGGUGGAACAAUUACUGAAUAUACCUGAACCAGUGUUGCGAGGAUUGCUGGAUAAAUUCAAACAGGAUGAGGAAAAAGAAGUUAGACGAUUGAAAGCCAAACAUGAAAGAAUAAGAAAAAGAAUACGGCAAAUAAUGGAGGAUAAAAGAGCCAACACUUCACGAUGCUGAUAACAUUCGACAUGAUCUUAGUGGUUUUAACACGAUUAUUUUACUGGAAUAAAAUCAAACUCUCCUUUCUCGAGAAUGAUAACGUCAGGAAUAUUUUUAACUCGAUAGAUGUUGAUCAUCGCUGAUUAAACUGACAGAAUAUUGUUGAUCAAUUUGUCUUGUGUCAGAAUAUUGUUGAUCAAUUUGUCUUGUGUCAGAGACAUAGAUAUGUUAUCUACAUCUCUGCUUGUGUUAUAUGGAGUAAGCUUUAUAAGUUUUAAAUCAGAACAACGAGUCAACUUUGCAUUUUACUUGUAGAAAGGUGAGGAUUUUAUUUAAGAGUGUGAAUAUUAGAAUAUUCACAUGGAUUUUAACAAAAGAACAAGUCGUGGAUUUUAUUUUAAAGAGCAGAAAAAGGAAUAGGUUAUAGUGAUGAAAACACAUGUGAUGUUAGAGAUAUGGGAUGUAUAACUAUACUGAUAGAAGAUGAGUGUUAAAGUGUGUCGGAUGUUAAAUUACAACAUGUGGAGAAUAGUUGAGCAUUUCUUCCAAUCUUCAUAAUGCAUGAGAUGUGACAAUGUGUAAUCAUGAUUUAGCACUUAUUUCAGGCAUUUAUAUAACAGUUCCUUACAGAUUUAAUUCUGCAGGGGACAAAUUUUCAUUUUCAUAGGAUAUUCCUUGUACAAAAUGUAGAUAAAAAUAUGAUAAAUAUCAUAUAUAAUCCAAACUCAUCAUCAUCACAAAAUGAAAAAAAUGAUUUCAUCUUUUGAAAAAACAUCUUAAUCUUGUGCCAAAUACACGCGUAGAUAGAUUACAUGUACAUGUACACACAUUCCAUAACUAUUGCAGCUUGAAACAUGGCAAAAAAUAUAUAAGAUUAUUGAAAAUGAAAUCUUCAGUGUUUAUUAAGAUAAUUGAAAUUCAUAAGAAAUAUAAUGUUGCUUAUGUAUUACAUCUUGUAGGCAUGAUCUUAUUUGUCCUAUAUUUAUAAUAAUGAUGUAAGUUCUGUUUGAAUUUGACCUCCAAUUUAACUGUUAUCCAUUUGUCGAAUUUGUGCACUUGACCUGCCUUGUUUUGCAUAUUGAACAAUCUUAGUACAUGUUUCAACAUGUUUGAAAAUCGAGUUACAGACAUACUGUUCACACUGCAUGAAUGUGUAGCCUUGUCUGCUCCUAAAAUUGGUAGCAUAUAUUUGUUGUUGUUGCUGCUAGAGACCAAAGGGUGAAGGUCAAGGUCACUAAGUCAUGUGAUAGUAAUCUUCACAUACAGAGAAAUUUGUUUUUCUUUGUUAUAAUUUAGCUUUCAUAGGAUGUUUUCUAGGUCAGCAUGCUUAUGGUCUCCGUUUUACAAUCAUGAAAUAAUGUACAAGUGGACAUUUUACGUGUGCAAAGUAAUGUAGAAUGUAAAUUGUGUAAGCGUCAUUUGAAGUCCUACUAACCUGUUUUGAGAUUUGUGAUAUACUCCAUAAUGUUCCGUUUGAAAAGCCUUAGAUAUCGUCUUGACGAUGAAAAUUUGAUAAAUAUUUCUUUUUAUCCCAGUCCCCUCAGUUAACAACACCCACCAGUUCAUAUUGAUCUUUGAAAUAUUUAUAAUACAUGUACAUAUACUAUGUAGCUUAUGUACCAAAACUUUACACAAUAUGUAUGUAUGUUCUAAUUGUGGUGUAAACUGACUGUGUAAAGCAAUAAAUGCCGAUGUGCUUCCAGUGUAGUAUUACAGUAUUUGAUGAUAGUUUUGGUCAAAAAUAAAUCCCAUAGCAGCAUUGUAAAAUAAAGUAUUAACAUGUAAUGGCACUUUCAAGAACAUUCUUCAGUGUUGUAAAAUCUUGGAGCAUUUAAUUCUCUCUUGAAAAUUUAUCAGAAAUCCAUAACUUGUGGCUAGUUUGAGCCAGAUAGCCUUUCUCUAUAUAUUUCUCAUUUAAGAUGUUUUGACCAGGGCAGCCUCUAAAACACUGUUUUGACUGCCUAACUUUGUUCAUGGCUAGACAUUUCUUGAAAUUUUCCAGUUAAUUUUAGUUUUCAUAGUGGAUAAACAAGUCUACUUCCAUAUUUAUGCAAGAAAAGUACAAGUUAAGCUAUGUAGGGUUCCAAGAAGGGCAUAGUGAUUGGAAGUAGCAUGUGCUUGUUACUGAAUGAUAUUGUACACAUAAAAUUGUUUAGGCUCUCAUGACAUGAUACAAUGGUUUUGUUUAUCCGCUGUGGUUUCUAGUUUGCCAGUGAUUCAAAGAAUGAUAGUCCUCUUUAUAUUCCCUUUAUUUAUGAAAACAUUUGUAUUUUACAGAAUGAUUUUAAUCUUUUUAAAACUUCAUUUAUUUUAAACUUUAUUGACAGACAGAGUUCUAUGAUUGUAACAGUCUACUUAAUUUGCUGGCAAAUAUUUCCAUGGUUAUUUUAUGGACCAGUUUCAUACAAUAAUGUCAUUCAUUAGUGUGUAGUUUUCAUUUAUGUAACAUCUGAAAGAAUUAAAUCUCUUGUAUGAGGCUUGUUUUCUAAUACUGUGCAUUAAUCCUUUAAAGGGAGCAGGAGCCUAGUGGUUAAGGUGUCUGCCUCUCAACCCAGGGAUCAUUGGUUCGAGCCCUAAUAAGGUCAGGACCAUGUUUCUUUAUAGGACACCAGUGCUGGUUGGUUCCAGGAAGCUGACUCAAAAGUGAUUAAUAUAAGUUGUAAAACUUUCUCAAUCUAAAAUAAAUAUGUUGCAUAUUGCAUACCAUUAGUUUUACAUUAUGUCAGACCAAAUUAUGUUAUUUUUCAACAUCAUGUAAACUAAAGAUGAAAAUGAUGGUUUGAAAUAUUUAUGUAAUUUUACAUUGUUUUAAGAAAAAUACUUAACAUGAUUGUCAAUUGGGCAAGGUACAUGUAAACAUGAGACUGUCCGACUUUAUCAUAGGUCUUGUAAACACUAGACAUUUGUCAUAUUGACGGAUGAAGUAAACUUCUUGCAUUUAUAUCUGCUCAUAUCAACAUUCAUUGUUCAACUGUUUGUUAAUUAUGUGACUGGAAUUAUUGUACAAUAAUAUAGUAUUAUAAUUAUAUGAUACAUAGAUUUUUUUGCAUGCCCUAUAUUUAGCAAACUUCUAUAAACUAUUAUAAUGAUAAAUCUAUCCAACUAGUGGUUUAGUAGAGACUUCAUGGUUUGUUCAUUUGUCGAACUGAAUGCAUAACACUGUAAAGAGAAAUUAAUGAUCUGUGCAAUAGAAUCUCUUCAGUUGUCUUAAACAUGCCUUAUAAACAUGGGGGUAUUAGCUUUGAAGGGAGUAGGAAAUGGCAUGAUGAGGGAUUGCUGUUACUAAAAAAAACACUCUGAUUAUCUUUAAUAUUUUGUCAUUUGAUCAGAAUUAGAUUAUAGUAUUAUUAGGACAAACCUGAAAUUAGUUUAACAUAUAUGGAGCAGUAAAAUCAUACAUGUGAAUUCUCACUUUUAGCGGGGAAACUCCCACUUUCUGCAGCCAUAUUUUCAAAGAUUUUUCUUAACAUAAGGGGUAUUUUCUCAAAUUAAAGAAAUCUCCCUCUUUUGACAUCAGAACUUUCUACUUUCUUUAUUGCAAAUUCUAAAAUCUCCGUCUUUUUUAAUAAAAAUCUCCCACUUGAUCAUCGAAAAAAGUUCACAUUAUGUAUGGUAAAAUCUGGAUUGGACAAAAUUACAAGGCAGUGAUUUGGUGAAACAAAAUAUAUGGCCUUUUUUUUUUUUAAACUGUUAAUGUGUUUAUCAAAUUUCAGGCAUUUAUCAUGGGACAGUAAAUAUAGUUGAUUUAGCAUUAAGAUUUUGGAACUUAGCAAAUAAAAGGCAUUUGUCACAAGGCAGUAAGAGAAUUAAAUAAACUUCAAUCAUUUAUCAUUGGAAUGUGAAUUGGGCUGGGCAAACAUGAGAUUUUU